GCGUGUUAUUUCUAGCAGCCACUUUUUGGUUCCUCCUCCUUGGGCUGGAGGCCGCCCAGGCCUGAGGUGGCUCCGCCUUGGGCCCAGCCCUGGAAGCAGCAGCCCCAGCCCAGGACUCCUGGCCCAGCUCCGGCGGAGAAGCGUGCCAAGAUGGUAGUUCUCUCUAAGGAAUACGGUUACGUAGUUCUCACUGGUGCUGCCAGUUUUGUCUUGGUAAUGCACCUUGCAAUAAAUGUUGGGAAAGCACGGAAGAAAUAUCGAGUGGAGUACCCAAACAUGUACAGUACAGACCCUGAAAAUGGACACAUCUUCAACUGUAUCCAGAGGGCACACCAGAACACGCUAGAAGUGUACCCUCCCUUUUUGUUCUUCCUUGGAAUAGGUGGGAUCUACCAUCCGCGUGCCACUACAGGACUUGGUAUAGCAUGGAUCAUUGGAAGACUGCUCUAUGCCUAUGGCUACUAUACAGGGGAUCCCAAAAAAACGAAGCCGCGGAGUUCUUGGUUCAGUUGCACUCCUUGGUUUGGCAGGGACCACUAUUUACUCAGCUUUCCAGCACCUUGGUUGGGUCUGCAGAGACUAGACAGCCGGUUCUCUCUGGCUCCUGAGAAGUCUUUAAAUCUUUCAGUAAUGUAAUUUUUAUCUUAAAAAUAAACUGAUAUUAAAACUC